AUGGGCAAGUUCCACGCCCGGUUGUAUAAGACCGAUCGUGCGCGGGACUUCGAUCACGAACAGGAUCGAUAUGUUCGCAUGCGACAGAUUUAUGAGACGAUCGAUCGGCAGGGUUUUCAAUGGAUUGUGGUUCUGGUUGCUGGUCUUGGUUUCUUCCUUGAUGGUUAUACCCUAUUCGCCAACAAUAUAGCCCUUCCGAUGAUCUCCUACGUCUACUGGCGAAACGAUAUCUCCUCAUUACGACUCACAUGCAUCAACAUCUCCACAUUAGCCGGCACCUUACUCGGACAAGUGGCAUUCGGAUUCCUGGCCGAUAAGAAUGGUCGAAAGAAGAUGUAUGGUGUUGAACUGGUAUUGCUUAUCACUGCCACGCUCGGUGUGGUGAUGUCCUCCCGCGGCGAAGACGGAAGCAUGAAUGUCUACGGGUGGUUGAUCUGGUGGAGAAUCUGCGUGGGCAUUGGCGUUGGUGCCGAUUAUCCUCUUAGCGCAGUGAUUACAUCGGAAUUCGCCCCGACAAAGCAUCGCGCCCGCAUGAUGGCCAGCGUCUUCUUCAUGCAGCCUCUCGGUCAAAUUGCCGGUAAUAUUGUCUCAGUUAUUGUUAUUGUUAUCGCACGCAACAACAGUACAGGCGAUGAAGAUCUCACACGCACCGUUGAUAUGAUGUGGCGCUGGGUUCUCGGUAUUGGAGUCGUGCCCGGCGCAGUCGCCACUCUUUUCCGAUUUGCCAUUCCAGAAAGUCCCCGCUACCUCGUUGAUAUCGAAGACGACCCUGUUACCGCGGAAUUCGAUGCCACUACGCUCUUUAGUGAAAGUGCUGGUAUGAUGGAAUCUUCCGGCUGGGGCUCAGGAAGUGCAAUGCAAUUGCCACCGAUCGCAUCUAUUGCUAGCACCAGCUCUAUCAUCGAUGACGAUGAAGAAGAACUUACCCGCCUGCCACCAGCUACGCUGAACUCGCACUGGCGACUCGCACGUACCGAUGUCAUUCGGUACUUUUGGACAGAGGGCAACUGGCGCAGUUUGGCUGGAUGUUCUCUUGCAUGGUUGCUUCUUGAUUUCGGAUUCUAUGGAAUUGGACUAUCCAGUCCUCAAUUUUUGGCAAAGACUCUGGGUGCUCUUCACCUUUCCUCGCCAGCUCCGAAUUGGAAGACCGAUGACCGUCCCAAUGCGAAUAUCUUCCAGAUGUUCUUGGAUACCUCCGUGCGUGGAUUGGUGGUUCUGAACGUGGGCAGCUUUGUUGGAGGAAUUCUGCUUAUCAUUUUCGCGCAUCGUCUUGAUCGCGUCGCUCUUCAGAAGUACAUGUUCCUUGCGCUUGCCGCUCUCUUCAUUGCCCUGGGAACGAUGUUUGUCUGUCUCUAUUCUGGACCACCUGCCGUGGUGACAUUGUACAUUAUUGGACAAAUCAUGUUCAAUUUCGGCCCCAACGCAACAACAUACAUGAUCCCAGCCGAGAUCUUCCCAACCCGAUACAGAGCAACCUGCCACGGCCUCAGUGCCGGCGCGGGAAAACUAGGCUCAAUCCUCGUCCAAAUCUUCUCAACAUAUUACCGCUUUGGCGGAGCAGGUGAUGAAUCAACCCGCAAGCACGGCAUUGUUCUCCUUGUUUUCAGCGCCUGCAUGAUGAUUGGCGCUGCAGUCACCCACUUCUGGAUCCCACCCACUCAACAAAAGCGCAACGGGCGCAGCAAGCUCUGGGGAGGAAAGCCCGAGACGCUUGAGAGUCUUGCUCUUGGUCGUAUGGGUCGGAAGAGUCGCGAUGCCAAUUUCAGGAAACGCGCUUCUCGACACCGGGCGAUGUCCAUGAGUGGUUAA